AUUUGGAUCAGUCCAGCAGAAUUAAAAAGUGUAAUUAGCUUGAGAAUUCACUCCACUCCUCGACCUAAGUGCUGCUUAAAUAUCUCCUGCAACGUUUUUGCAGAGCAGUUGCCAUUCGACAGUAUCGGGAACCAUACCUCAAGACUCCUCCUAUCCUUCAAACUCCACUGCACUGACCAACACUUCAGAGAGAAGUUCUUCGAGGAAAAUCAAUGAUAGGGGAAUUUGUAGAAGAGAGCGGACCCAGGAAGGCAGCUGGUUUCUGAAAAGUGCCUUUUCUGAAAACUGCUGCUUGGAUUCUGCUCUAGAGCUGCCUCUCUAUAAUCCCCUCUCCCUACCACAUCUCCACCAAAACACCAACAAACAAACUUGGUGGGCUUAUAAGUUCACUGUCAGUAACUUGUCCAGCCUUUUUUUCUUCGAUUCUCAAUUUUCUUAAUCGUUUUCCCUCUCCCUGAUUUUGCAGCACAACUUUUAUUUUAUUUUACUUUUUUUUGCACAGUUACAACACCCUUACCAAUAUUAACCUUUCAAGCCAAAAAAUAGGGGGGGGGGGAAUCUUUUCUCCCCGUGAUCUGAGACCGUUCUACAAAUUAAAGGGCAGCCAGCAGCAUAUGCUUUUUGCAAAAAAUAAUUGAAAACAGAAACUGGAGCGCUCAGAAUUCUUUUGAAAGUCCGCCAGUUAUUUGAAGUAACUUCGGCAGAGGAACAAACUACAACACUCAAUAUCUUAACCUUUACCAUUGCCUUUUUAGGAGUUGGUCUCUAAUUUGAUUUUUAAUUAUUCUGAUACAAUUUUUGUUUUAUGACUGGAUUUUUGUUUGACUAGAUUGGAUUUGACUUAAAUGAAAACCUAAGUGCUAACAAAUCAACAUUGCACCAAAGCAACCUGUUCUCCCGUCACAUUUAGCGUGGUUUCAUUUUUUUCACCUUUUAACAACCAGCAGUGACAUUGUCCAGAAGAGGGUGCACUUGAUUUUAAUUUUCCUUUCAAUAUGACGGCUGUCAAUGUUGCCCUGAUUCGUGAUACCAAGUGGCUGACUUUAGAAGUCUGUAGAGAAUUUCAGAGAGGAACUUGCUCUCGAGCUGAUGCUGAUUGCAAGUUUGCCCAUCCGCCAAGAGUUUGCCAUGUGGAAAAUGGUCGUGUGGUAGCCUGUUUUGAUUCUCUGAAGGGUCGGUGUGCUAGAGAGAACUGCAAGUACCUGCACCCUCCUGCACACUUAAAAACGCAGCUGGAGAUUAAUGGACGGAACAAUCUGAUUCAACAGAAGACUGCCGCAGCCAUGUUCGCCCAGCAGAUGCAGUUUAUGCUCCAAAACGCUCAAAUGCCAUCACUCAAUUCUUUUCCUGUGACUCCAUCAGUUGCAGCUAAUCCUGCCAUGCCUUUCAAUCCUUACUUACCUCAUCCUGGGAUGGGCCUGUUUCCUGCCGAACUGUUACCAAAUGCACCUGUUCUGAUUUCUGGAAACCCACCUCUUGCAUUGCCAGGAGCUGCUGGUCCAAAACCGAUGCGUUCUGAUAAACUGGAGGUCUGCCGAGAAUUUCAGCGUGGAAACUGUACCCGUGGUGAGAACGAUUGCCGCUAUGCGCACCCUACUGAUGUUUCAAUGAUUGAAGUGAGUGAUAAUACCGUGACAAUCUGCAUGGAUUACAUCAAAGGUCGGUGCUCCCGGGAGAAAUGCAAGUACUUUCAUCCUCCUGCGCACUUGCAAGCCAAACUGAAGGCCGCUCAUCACCAGAUGAACCAUUCAGCUGCCACCGCCAUGGCCCUACAGCCUGGUGCACUUCAACUGAUACCAAAGAGACCGGCACUUGAAAAGACCAAUGGUGCCACCCCGAUCUUUAAUCCCAGUGUUUUCCACUGCCAACAGGCUAUGGCUAACCUGCAGCUCCCGCAACCGGCAUUUAUCCCUGCAGGGCCAAUACUGUGCAUGGCACCCACUUCAAGUAUUGUGCCCAUGAUGCACGGUGCUACACCUACCACUGUGUCUGCAGCAACAACACCUGCCACCAGCGUCCCCUACGUUGCAACAACCACAGGCAAUCAGAAUGCUGCGUAUGAUUCAUUACCCACCUUGAGAUUCAUCAGCAGAGUUUCACUCAUUUUUAAUCAGUUACCAGAUGUUGUUCUUGAUACCCCAAUUAUCAAUAGAUGAACUGAAUAGCAGCAUGUUUGUUUCACAGAUGUAGAAGUUACCAGUAGAACAUUGAAAUUCUGAACAGCAGAGUUACGGAGUAUCAGAAUCUCUCCGUGAGAAGCUCCAUAUGGCCUUUCCAUACAUAUUCUCGUAUGUCCUCUUCUACCAACUCAACAAUAAGUGUGGUGCAGUCAAUAUAUUAAGCAAAACAAACAUACCUACCAAAUUAAAAUAAAAAUCAAGCAUUAAAAUCAAUAGAGAUCUUAAAACACGAAUAGAAAACUAACUACCAUCUAUCUUAUUUGAAUGUCAGGUAGAACAUGACCAUUAAGUUUUGAAACUUGUUACUUACCCUUUGUCAUUUUCCAAUAGCCAUUGUGCUGAGUGCAUCUCCACAGUGGACUGUUGCUGGUUUACUGUACAUUCUUGGUGGAAAAAUGUUUGUCUGAUUUUGAAGUGUUACAGUUUUGUUUACACAAUAGUCUAUUGGGUUGAUUUAGAAUGUAUCGAAUGUAUCCAAUACCAUUUUUCCCAUUGUUCUAUUAAAUUGUACUGUGUCAGGUUUUUACAUUCUAUCUAGUGUGUUCUGUAUAUGUGGGGUAUUUGAUUUCAACGAAAAUGUUUUUAGUGGGAAACAGAAACAUGUUCUUGAAAAACGUGACAGGUUAAUGUUAAUAUGCUCUCUCUAGGAUAUUUCUGUAGGUUUCUUGGGACAGACAUUUAAAAGGCUUCACUUUCUGAGUGUGUACAAACCUGUUCACAAACAUGCAUGUAUAUAAUUCAUACCUGCAGAUCUGACUUUGCAACAUAAAAUCACGUUACUGGAUUUUUUAGCGAGAGAAGUAAUUACCUGCACAAAACAGGGAAAUUCUUAAAUUAACCCCUAAUUUCACUCCUUUUAAAUAACUCUCUGAUAAACAAGAAUUUACCUUUAAGUCAAUUUCUCAACAUUUCUACUAAAAUUAUGUAAAAGGCCCAUUACAUUUUGUUUCAGCUUAAGGAUUCUGUCUCCUUGGUUGAGUGUCUAAAACUGAGUCAUUUGAAAUGUUCAGCAGAGAAACUGGUACUUGGAGGCUUUCAAGGUAUGCUAAUUACAGGUUAUAAAUUAAACAGGGAGAUGGGGGAAUGGAGAUAGUUUUACAUAUUGGAGGAAAGUAUGUAAAAUCAUUGCAAUGUAACCUUUUACACAGUGCCAUUUUCUAAAUGCAAAUGGCUCAUCCUUUUUAGACUACUCUUUGAAUAAUAAGUAAGAUGUAAUCUAGCAAAAGUCAGUCAGGGUGAAAGAGAAUUGGUUCCAAAUGACGCCUUUCCUCCCCAAAUGGACAGUCUUCUCUAUUGAUCACAGACGUAGCUUGAGUACAAGUUUGGAGAAAUGACCAGGAGAGGAGGUGGGGAGGCGUUUAAAAUGAUUCUUUCAUUUAUUCAAAAGUUCUAGGAAGGAUGUCCGCAGUUGUCUUUAGCUUCAGUACAGCUGUGUUUCCAGUUUUGGUAAACUUAUCUGGGAAGGAGCAAGUGCCUGUGAUACAUGGCAAGCUUAUUAACAUCAGAAUCUCCCCAAGCAUAACCAAGCCUCUUUUGUUUGUAUUUGUCUUUAGCUGUGUUUGAAAAUUAGAAUAAAGAGGCUUCUAACACCCUUUGGAUGAGAUGGAGUGGCUACACUCCACAGAGCUGAGCUGAACUCACACUACUAAUAGUUAUGGAAUAAUUUUACAACCAAGUAAAAUAGUAAUUAGUCUGUUCCUGUGGUAUAUGGCAUACCUCCUCCACUCAACUCAGUUACUAAAGUUACUAUCAUUAUACAGUAGAAACAUAUUUUACAACAUAGAUAAAUUUAAUAUUUUCUACUAAAUAUAUAUUCUCUCACUGGAAAGUAUAAAAUCAUCAAACUUGAUAGGUUUGUUUUCUUCUUCAUAAAAAUGAUAAUUAAAGAAAACUAUCUGAUUUAUGGUACCUUACACCGGUUAGUAGUAUUCAAAUCACAGAACAAUGGAGACCUUUUCAUAGUUGAUGAAACUGAGGCCCAAAGCAUGUGACUUGCCCCAGACUACCUAGCUAGUUAGUGGCAGUUGGACCCGGGAAUAUCUCCUGACUCCCAGUUUCUCCUCCUUUUAACUGCGUGCUUCGGAACAUUUGAGACUCCAUCCGAAAGCACAUAAGUUUGGCUCAGAAUACAAAAGAACAAAAUUAGCCCUCUGAUAGUUGAUAGCCUAUUGAUCUUAAUCAUCAAUGCAAAUCAUAAUCAAAAGUGAUUUCUAAGUGAUCUUGCUUGUAUCGAGCCACUGUCAUCCAUUAACAGUAUUGUCCGGAGUCAGAGAACUAAGAGGUGUCUUGACCUUUAUGUAUUGAUUCUUUGAACCACUUAAUUUCUAUUUCCCCAAAUCUUAACAUUGUUAGAGAAGAAAGUAGAGUACACCUUUUAUAAAUUACUUGCGUAUGGAACUGAGUUUUAUAUAACCUAUGCCAGUGCCUCUCCAGAACAGCAAAUCUGAUCCCAUGAAGCUAGAAAGGAUACACCUGAGCUGGUCUGGAUGUGUUCCUUAAUGGAGAUGGGGACAUUUUCAGUGCAAAAUAAGUUUUUGUGUAGUCUGACAUUUUUGAUGCAACAUCCUGUUUCAUUUAACUUUUUAAACUUCUGGCAAAGAUGUGCAUAGAUCUUAAACCUAGAAUACAGCUGUUUUCAUAUCACUUUAAGCACUGGAGAGCAUUAGUAAUGACUUAUUUUUUAGUAAGAGGUUCAGUGAGGGAUAUUCAGGGUAGUUGUUGUAUUUUUGGUGCCACAAUUUUUUUGUUGCUGGCAUAUUUAAAGAAGUUUUAUAAAUGUGUUUAAAGAACGAAAGCUGAAAGCACUAAAGUUUUGAUCAAAUUCAAAAGAAUUUUGACAACAAUGCAAUUUUAAGAUUGCAAGCACUCUUUAAACCAGUUGUGCAAUGACUUACUCAAAUGAUCUUUACUCAAGAAAAGAAGAUAGAUGUCAUGAGACUAUAAAUGUCCAGUUAAAAAGACAAGUCACAAAACUAAUCAGUGACUCUAAACAAUAAUUUACUUGAUCAAUUGUAUAUAUAAAAUUCUAAUCACUUUUAAUUCUUAACAUUUUAUAAACUUCCUCUUUUUCACGGGCCUCUAUUUUUAGUUAUCCAAAGUUAUUGUUUUUGUCCAGUUCUCUCAGCCUUUUCUAAAAAAUGCAGGAAUGAUGAAACUUGGGUAAAACGGGACAUGUAUACAGAGAAAGUAAUCUACAAGUCAUCAUUUAAGAGGAUUUAGUAAUACCAGUUAAGAAAAAGAAACACUAUGUAACCAUCAUAUAAGUAUAUUUUAAAGAGGGAUUAAAAUUAAAACUAAAUGGAUUCAUAAAAUUGCUAUUUAAAUACAGUAUUUCCUUUUUGUAACUGGAGCAUGAUUCCACAACCAGCUCUUGCAUUUCAUUUCACUUGUCUAGAUCAGAGUCUUUAAUUUGUAGUUAGUGGUGAUGUGGAAAGCCAUCUUCUCCCUCCUCCAUCAAUCUUCUCCAUCCAUUUUUGAGCAUGUUAAAGCACUUUGAUCUUGCCAGAAGUGUUGUUCUACAUCACUAGGCUGUGUUCACUAAUGGGCAGCCUCAGCUCACCUGCUCUCCAAUUGGGGAAAAGCAAGUACCUCUUCCCUGCCAUCAGCAGGAACGGAAUAAAAUUAAUCUUUACAUUUGAAUCUGCUGUUAAUGGCACGGCCAGUAAGCAGAGCAAUGUCUGAAUAAGGAACAGCGUUGACAUUACAUUUUCUUAAGUAAGAGAGAAACCCCAUGUGCUACUUAGAAUGUUAUUUAGAUCUCUCAGCCCCCUUUGGAGAGUGUGGAUAAGGAUGCCCUUGGAUAAAAUGCAGCCACAAGUUUUCUGAAUUCUUUGAGGCUGUAGGGUGUACUGUGAUGCACAAAAUGAUUAAAAACUGGAUUCCUCAUUCUUUUUAUCCCUUGUACAUUUCACACAUAUUGAAAUAGAGAUAGGUAGAAUUUAUGAGGGAAAUCUAAUUUCCCAAUCCUGUUGAAUAGAUUUAGCAAAAAUAGUGGCCUAAUUUUACCAGUGCCUGUUGAAGGCCAUAGACUAAACAGUAGGUAAAAGAGAAUAACAACUUUUUGCAGAUGUAGUUGAUGGCCUAAUCAAACUGUAAAUAUAACUACAAAUAUACAUUCUGAGCGCCAACUCACUCAUUGGUGCCAUGUUUUCAUUUUUCUUAUUGUUAGUUUUUAAGGUUUUUAUUGUAUUACUUUUUUAUAGCUCUAAGUAACUAAUAAAUUUUAAUUUUGAAGGAGAGUUAGAGGAAGUUUGUUUUUACUACAUGUAUUCAGCCUGCCUAGUUAUGUUCUAAACUGACACUGAAGCAUGACAAGGUAUAGACUAUAGUCCAUAACUAUUCUUUACAGUUCACAGUUUAAGAACAAAUUUAACUUUAUAUACAAAUAAUAAUUAAUUGUUAACUAAUUAUAUUUAGUUGUUGCUUUGGCAACAAAAUUUACAACAUGGCUACCUUUAGGCACAUUUUUUGGUGUGUGUGUGAAACUUUUACUUGUAAACUAUACAUGGUUUGUGACAGUAUGAGCUUGUAGAAGAUACAGCUCAAAACUCUCAGCACAGAUACGUUCGAAUUUUCUUUUUUAAAUCCCAAAGUCCCAUGUGAAAACUGAAUUUGUAUCCUUGUGUGACUUUUUGGUCAAAAAGUUUACAACACUUGGAUUCUAGAGUCAGGUUUUAUAGCUUAUAGAAUUUGUUGUGUGGAUAGGGUUAUUCCACAGUAUUUAGACUUUAAACACAUUUGUUGCAUUUGUAAUACGUUACCUGACCUAUUUUCACGCAUUUAUUUCUUCAGAGUUACCCUAUUCAAGUGACAUAUCUGUAGCUGCAAAAAUUCUGGUUUCUGGAAUUACAUAGUUACACAAAUAUAUCUAAAUGAGGAUUAAAGCAUAAAUUCAUAUUUGUAAGACCAUACUUAAAGAUACUGUGGAAUGACCCCUUAACAGUGUUUAAGAGACAUAUGCUGCAGUUAACUGAUUGUCUCAGUUAGGGUGCGAAUGUGUGAGACACACCUUUUUUGCACUUAUGUACAUAGUCCAUGAAAGCAAUUCUUGGAGCUUUGUUGAAUAUAAGAAGUCUGUGAUAGUAGUGGAAAAGUUAGUAAGAGUUCUUUCUAAGGCUGUGAGAAGGAAGGAUUUUUUGCUAUAAGACUUAACAAAAGUAUGAUUUUACUUUGCUGUUGUGGAGGCUGUCUCGUUUGCUACAGCUCACCAAAAGAGAAGACUUGUAACAGGUCAACUUCAGCUUACAGCACUGAACAAGAGUAACAGUACUUCAUCAUGUAGCAAGACCACUAGCAAAGAUUGUUUGCCCUUUUACUUAAUCUCCAGCAUAAAUACACACACAUACACACACACACACACCCAGGCAGGUUUCUGGCUGAGGUUUUCUUUUUACAAUGGUUACAAGCAGUGAAAUACACUAUAAAUGGCAAGGCAAAUAUUCCCGUUAGAAUAGAAUCAAAUUUCAUCUUUCGCAGAAAUUUAUCAAUGUAUUAUAUCAAUUAAUAUGUAUAGCAAGUAAUAUGUAUUUAAGUGACAAUCAAAUUGUUAAUGUUGACCAUGAUUCCUCCUUUAAGAUCCAGAACUCAAAACCAAAUUGGGAACCAUUGAAAGAUUUCACUUAAGUAUGGCCAGCCUGGGGUAUUUCACUCCCUUCAACCAUGGAAAAAAUGCUCCUGUCAUAACUUUAUACAUGGCUUUAGUUGCAUUAUUUACAUUAUACCUGUUUGGUGGAAGCUGUUUUCUGACUUACAGAUUGGAAAGUGCUUCACUGUGCCACUUCAGCCAAAAUCUUAGAUAAACUAGGAACUGGAAGAGAAUGUUUCAAUCAGACUGUCUCCAUCAAUUUUAGCUCCCACACUACCUACAGAUGGCCACUUAACUUUCUUGUGGCCCCUAGACAAUGAGACCUAGAAAAGGCCAAGGUUCGAAAGGUUUAAGGAUCGAUCACUGUCACUACAGGUAAUUUGAAUCCUUCACAUCUUGGGGCAUGUUGCUCUUGCCCUGGAGAAGGAGCCCAUCCUGGGAUGGGGGGAGUUGGUAUUAGUGUUGCUACCCAUUUUGGCAGCUCUUACUAUAGAGACAGGAAAAUAAACCAAAGCCAGAAAGCAAUCCAAGCCUUACAGUUGUCCAAUAGCUCAGGGCCAGUUGGCUAGAAAGUUCUUUUUGUUGUUGUUGUUCCCUCAACCACGAUCACUUAGAGUCGGCCAUACAGUGAACAGUCUGACCAUCUGAUCAGCAUUCCUUUGGAUAUAAAAUUUAAGCAUUCAUUCAUUCUGUAGUUAGGAACUUUCACCAUGAGCCUUACUGCCAACAUAUUUUCCCAGUUUAACACAUGUUCUUGUGUUGACAUUUCCAUGUGAAUCUAUAAGCCACAGAAUAUAUUUUCAUAAGGUUGAUAGAGAUAUCAUAAGAUUUUAAGGAAGAUUCAUCUAUGAAACCAUUGGAAUGAACCUAGAAGCAUCACAAAAGAUAUUCAGUGAAUUGAUAGCAUAGUGUGUAUCCUGAUAGCCACGGGGUCAUUUUCUUUGGAGCUUAGUACACUCAGUGACUGUCUUUACAUGAGUAAAACAGAUUAGAGAAUGAAGUAUAAUUGAAAUUGUAUAUAACUGAGGCCAGAAAGGACCUCUAUCAUUAAGUCCACAAAAGGACUUAGUUUGACUAAUUCAUAUAGUGUCUAGCCCUUCCACUUGUCCUUGCCUGUAAUAGAAUCACCCAUUAAUACUCAAAAGCAGGAUUAUUCCAGAGAAAUUUUAUCUUUAAAUAGAACUCAUCCUCAUUUGCGGUACACCUAAAAGGAGAAAACACAAUCACUAUGAAGUAAGUCACAGCUCUUUGCAGAUAUUGCAAAACUCUUUGCUAGUCAUCUUCUGUAGUAAGACCUAAAGGUAACCCAACGAUUAAACAGUGCUUUUGUUCUCCUCCAAAACACACAUCUAAAGAUUUAUCUGUCGGAGAACUGCGUGGUUUCAAAGCUUUAUUUCCAUAUACAGAUGUUAUUUGUUAGUGAUGGAAACCGAAUUAGUUUGUUGCUAUGUCUUUUGUGUCUAGCAGUGGGAAGGACGACCUGACCAUCAGCUAUUGGAUUCUGAGGUCUUGAUUUUCAAAACAAAGUUUCCUUUUACUAUUAUUGCUGCUGCUUUAAUUAUUAAAAAAUGAACCAUUUGUUAAGAUG